GAAACAGCGCUGAAAAAUUGGGGGUUUUACAUUUGCAGCUCUCGGUCCUCCUCUCCGCUUCCUCUCCCCGACGCCACCAGCAGCGAGCUGUUGCUCAGUCCCGGUCGGCGGCGACACCGCAGGCGGCGGCGUCGGCGGCGUCGGCGGCGGCGUCUCCCUCCGUCUCUCUCCCUGUGGCGUCGCGGAUUCACGCCGCUGGUCAGGUUGAAGUUUGAAUCAAGCGGCGAAGAGGAAGGACGAGAAGGGCGAGAGAGGAUGUCGUUCAUGAAGGGAGAUCUGCUGACCAGAACCAGAAAGCUCGUGAAAGGCUUGGCCAAGGCGGAGCCAGUUUGGCUCAAGGCCAUGCAGCAGGCACCACCUGCAGUUUUCCCUUGUGCAGAUGAAAUCAAGAAGAUCUCUCUCCCUGAGGAUGUCUAUGUUAAAAAGUUUUUCCAGAAAUAUCCGGACUCAAAACAUGAGGAUGCGAUCAAGAUAUGUGGUUUCGACCCCCCUCCAGCCCGUGUUUUCGGUCACCGAGUCCUUGAGUUGAAGGAAAAUGGAGUUAGUGAGGAAGCGGCUAUGGGCAUGGCAGAUAUGGAAUACCGACUAGAGAAGAAGGCAAAGAAGGCGGCAUAUGCUCGACUGAAGCAGAUUGCGAAGCUCCAAGGCAAGAGACCUCCUCCUAAUCCUUUCAAAAGUGCUAUUCAAGAGAUACAAGCAGAAGAGAGAAAGUAUGUUCAUGACCGUUUCCAUAAUCCCGAAAUCCGCAAAAUAAUCCAGAAGAUGAAAGAAGAGAAGGCGGCUGAAGCUCAGUAUAGAAUGGGAGGAGGUGGCUAUUAGAAUUUGAAGUGGUUCAUAGUGAAAAGUUCUUGGCUUGCUUUUGGAACCUUACAUCAUAAUGACAUUGCCAUUCCUUUUCAAUAAGAGAGAAAAGGUUGUCUUUGACAGAUAUGUUUGUCAUAGUCAUGCCUAUACCACUCUACUAUGCAUGUGCUAUGAUGGGAUUGGAUUUAAGAAGGAAACCAGAUAGAAUUAUCAGGAUUUGGUAAAGGAACUGCUUUGAAGUAGAUAGCCUUCUCUAUGAUUUGAAUCCCAUCUUCUCCGAUGCCUUUAUUUGUAGAAAUGAUUGGUCUUUCGCUAAACGAUGUCUAUACUACUGCAAUCCAUCUUGGCUCAAGGGAUACAAAACACUCGUGCUUUGGUGCCUAUACUAUGGCCCUUGAUUGCACAUCUUUCUUUGGUUAUAAAAAAUGAAUAAUGAAAAUAUCGAAUGGAUAUUUUUUCUCC